AUGAAGUUCACUGGAUUCACUUUCUCUGUCGCCCUUGCUGGCGUUGUCUCCGCUGCCGCCCUUCCCACCAUCCCUGGUGCUGGCGUCGUGAGUGGUGUUGAGAACACUGCUGAGGGAGCUCUCAGCAAUUUGAAGCGUGAUGGGGGAGAUGCUGUCAGCGGUCUUGUCUACGGUGUCACCGGCGCGACCAACGGAGCCACUGGCAUUGUCGGCAGUGCUGCGGGCACUGCCGAGAGUACCAGCUCGGGUCUUGUUGGGACUGCCGAGAGUACGGUUUCUGGAGCCGUCCCUGCGAAGCGCCAGUCGGAUGAUGCUGAAGAUGCUGGAGAGGACACUCUUAGUGAUCUGAAGCGUGAUGCCGGUGACGCUCUUAGUGGUUUGACUUAUGGCAUCACCAGCUCUACAAACGGUGUUACUGGGAUUGUUGGCAGCGCUGCGGGUACUGCUGAGACCACUUCCUCUGGCCUUGUAGGAACCGCUGAAAGCACUGUUUCUGGAGCUGUUCCUGCCAAGCGUCAGCUGGAUGAUGUUGAGAACGACGCUGUAGCUAUCCUUGGUGGUGUGAAGCGUGAUGAUGCUCUUAGUGGUCUGGCUUACGGCGUCACUAGCUCCACGAAUGGAGUGACUGGCAUUGUUGGCAGCGCUGCGGGUACUGCUGAGAGCACUUCCUCGGGCCUUGUCGGAACUGCUGAGAGCACGGUUGCCGGAGUCGUUCCUGCUAAGCGUCAGCUUCCUGGUGCCGGUAACAUUGUCAAGGCUUCCGCCCAGAACGAUCUUGCCAUGCUGAGCGGCAACCCCUCUGGGCUCAUUGGAGCCCUUGGUGGCCUCCAAGCUGCUCUCGCUAGCGGUGGCAUCCUCCCCAGUCAGAUUUCCUCUCUCCCUGCUGAGCUCCAGCUCGUCGUUGGCUACCUUUACACCGCUUAA